AUGGUCUUUUUCCACUUUGCGAAGGCUUGCAGCAUCGUCUACGUGUUCCUAUACCCAGGAUACGGCAUCUAUAAGACUCUCAAGAAUGCUCCCGAAGGUGUCGAGGAGCAGAAGGUCCAGGCGGCCGAACUGAAGCGUUGGAUCGAGUACUGGGGCGUAAUGGCGUUCGUGAUGUCUGCAGAAUACCUGGCUGAAUGGCUUGUGUCUUGGUUCCCUGGAUACUGGUUGUUCAAGUCGAUCUUCCUUGUUUGGCUCGUUGCACCACAAACCCAGGGCGCUACUUUUGUCUUCCACCACUUGCUUGCUCCUUACCUUGCUCAACAUGAGUCCGAGAUCGACGCUCGUCUCAACGGUUUGAACUCGAGCGUCAUUGCCUACUUCCAGGAUCAACUCGGCCAACUCCUCGCUGCCGUCCUCCCCAGCAUGACCCAGCAGCAACCAGGUCAAUCCGGCCAGCCUCAAGCCAACUUUGCCGCCGGAAUGAUGCUCAGCAUGCUCCAUCAAUAUGCUCCCAACGUCAUGGCCCGCAGCCAGCACCACUCUACCUCUCGUCCCGGCACUCCUAGCGUUAGCGAAACUGCCAAGGCAUCCGCUUACGAACUCCGCCCCGAGUUGAACCACAACGAGUCUCAAUCUUCCAUCAGCUCUCGCUCGACUGCCAUCAGUGUGAUGUAA